AUGCCUAUAACGCCAAACUCACGUGUUCUCUCCCUCUCGUCUGCUCGUCCGCUCGUUUAACGGACGCUGCCUUCUCCCCCAAAGUACACAUUCAUUCAUCACCAAAUACCAGUUCUUUCCUCUUCUCGAUCUUCCUAUAGGGUUUUCAAUUUCAUUGAUUUGUUGAGUCAAUUCGGUUUACGGUUGCUGAUUUCGGGAUCCAUUUUUCAUCCUUGAUUCCGCAGAAAAAAGAAACCAAUCAAUAUCUGAAUUUAUUGUAAGAGUGCUUGUUGAGCAGUUACAGCUGGCAGAAAAGAAUAGUUGGCUUUUUGCCAAUGGAGAAGCCAACAGAUUCUAGCUUAUUUGUCAAUGAUGGUUCUUUCAUGGAGAGGUUCAAACAGCUCCAACAGGAGAAGGAAAAGGAGAAAGUGAAGGGUGCCUCCUCAAAAGAGUCUAAGACAACCUCCAGCAUAUUGGGAGCUUCAACUCCGAAGGCCGUCAUUAGUAAGCCAAGCUUGGAAUUUAAAGCUAAUGCUUUGCGGAAAACUGCUACAGUUGCUUCAGGUGGGAAACUUGCAUUCAGCCUGAAACCGAAGUCCAAAAUACCUGCACCUUCUGUUAAACUAGAUGAAGAUGAGGAUGAUGAGGAUGAAAAAGAUGCUGGGAAUACUUCAGGUGAUGGGCCAAUUAAACGGCAGAGGGUGGAGGAACCUCGUGCUCUGCACCAGCCUCUUAGACAGAUUGAUGUUGCACCAAAUCCCCCAAGUGAUCCAGCAGUGAAGAAAGUUGCAGACAAAUUAGCAAUUUUUGUGGCUAAGACUGGAAGGCAGUUUGAGAAUGUCACACGCCAAAAGAAUCCAGGAGACACUUCAUUUAAGUUCUUAUUUGAUGAAAACUGUCCUGAUUACAAAUACUAUGAAUAUAGACUUAGUGAAGAGGAAAAGGCCCUAUCACAGACCAGCGAAGCCCAAACAUCUCAUAGAGUUACUGGUACUGCUACCCCUAGCUCAACAAGCAGUUCUCAUAGGUCACAACAGCAGCAUUUGAAUUACCAAACUCCUGCAUCAGCAUUGUGGGGAGCAACAGAAAAUACUAGUUCUUCAGAGUCGGCUGGAAAUUCUGGUCAUUCAAGCGGUCCAUCGGGGUCAGAUCCAAUAGCGAUGAUGGAAUAUUACAUGAAGAAAGCUGCAGAUGAAGAGAAGCUGAGGGCACCGAGAUCAUCGAAAGAUGAGAUGCCUCCGCCGGCUUCUCUCCAAGUUCCAGGAAAGAAGGGUCAUCAUAUGGGAGACUAUAUCCCACCUGAAGAGCUUGCUAAGUUUUUGUCUACCUGCAACGACGUAGCUGCUCGGAAAGCUGCCAUAGAGGCAGCAGAAAGGUCGAAAAUACAAGCUGAUAAUAUUGGCCACAAACUUCUGUCGAAAAUGGGUUGGAGAGAAGGUGAAGGGCUAGGGAGCUCUAAAAGUGGUAUAGCAGAUCCAAUCACAGCUGGCAGUGUAAAAUCAAACAACUUAGGUGUUGGUGCUCACCAACCCGGGGAGGUCACUCCAGAAGAUGAUAUCUAUGAUCAAUAUAAGAAACGAAUGAUGCUAGGCUACAAGUACAGGCCAAAUCCACUGAACAAUCCACGCAAAGCAUACUAUUGAGGCAAAUUGUGAGCCGGCCAGCUACUCGGGCUACCUCUGUAUUGGUCACUUGAGUUUGUUAUAGCUUUCUUAAGGAAGACAAUAUUUGGAAGUUGAUGUUAUUCUGGUCUAAAUACUACUACUAUUACUACAAGUUUGAAUUCGUUGUAUCUAAGACAUUGAAAUGACGUGUUGUGAACUCCUAUAUGUCUUUUGCCGUCUUGUGUCUUGUUUAUUCAAAGUUUUACUUGAACAAACAUAUCUACAUCAAUGUAUGAAUGCUUUGUGAGUUUCGUCCUCUGA